AUGAGGUAUGGCGAGAGUCUCGACGAACACGGCGCUCUAUUUCUUGGAAUUGAAGUUGCUUCUGCUGUUCAAGCAGUAGGUGUUGCUCUUGCGCCAAUUGCUGUUGAAGGUAAUGACGACGUUGCGCAAGGACGAUAUCCUGUCCGGAGACGACCAAUUGUUGCUGAUCCUCGAAUACAAGCGCAGAUGCUGCGAAGGGUGGUGGUGGGAGGGGCUUUUCAAAUCUGGCUGGUGGGCGAUGAUCUGCUGGAUCUCCAAAUAUUGGCCUUAAUAUUGACGCCAGAGAUGGCAAUGGUAUGCCGAGGCUGGGGAAUCGGCAGGCGAUAA